GUGCAGUUCUAAGUGUUUUUAUGAACAAAAAAAAUGAUUAAAUAUUUUAUAAAUAUUUUAAUAAUAUUUUCUAUACUAAAAGUUAAUUUUGCCGAUCACAUAACUGUGACUAGUGCGCCGCGGGUGCAAGGAAUAACGAUUACAAAAAUUUCACCAGAAAUUGUGAAAGAACUAAAGGAUUUUGUGAAUUUGAUACCAAAAGCCACUGUUGAUGAAAUUGUUGCCAAACACUACAUUAUUGACGGAAAUUUUCGUGAAGCAUUAAAAUAUUUGCGUAGCACGCAGUUCACACAAUUGCUGGAGCAAGCACAGCAAAUUCCCGAAGUUAUUGAAAUUUUAGAUUUUCUGCAUCUGAGCCAAAGUGGCAGUGGAGUCGUCGAGCAAGCCACAUGUGAGCUGCCGCACUUGGAAAAACUGACAGCAUUCAAUGUCGUUGAACCACUAUUGGAUAUUGUGUUGUUGAAUGAUGCGGAUGUGGCAUUGCACGCCUACGAUGUACGCACAUUCAGUACUUUCGUAGAGGAACUUAUGCAGCAUUUACCACGAGAUAGAUACGUUCAAAUGAUUAAUGAAAAACGACAGAAAAGUGCAGCGUUUGCGGAAUUUUACAACGCUUUACGGAGUGUGCAAUUUAGGCCAUUGGUUGAGUCGGCUCUGAAAUCAGCAAAUUUAGCGACUAUAAUAAAGACCUUAAAUUCACAUGAUGUUGAUGUAAAAACAUUGGAGCCAAUAGGGUUCACAGUGCUCUCUUGGGGUCCGUCAGUUUAGCAAGUACUAAGCAAGCUGGUGUGAAAUGAAAAAAAUAUUGCUUAUAUUCUUGUUAAUAUUGUUUAGUAAAA